AUGCAGGAGACGCGGCUUCCAGACGUGGGCUCUAUCAGGGAGGAUAAUUACACAUUCUUCUGGCAGGGGAAGUCUCAAGACGAGCCAAGACUUCAUGACGUAGGAUUUGCUGUUAAAAACGCCCUUCUGGACUGUACUGUGCCACCAUCCGGUGGAACAGAGCGAAUUAUUGAUUUGAAAAUAUGCUCCUCAAGUGGCACUGUCAGCAUCCUAAAUGUGUACGCUCCUACCUUAUCAUCCAGCAUGGAAGAGAUGGAUACGUUUUAUGACUUACUCAGUGACAGAAUAGCCAAGGUACCUAGCACCAAGACACUGUAUAUUCUAGGGGACUUUAAUGCUAGAGUUGGAUCAGAUAACGACAUAUGGCCGAAUUGCCUGGGACAUCAUGGGGUGCGAAAAAUGAAUGAAAAUGGCCAGAGACUGCUUAAAGUUUGCUGCUUUUAUGGACUCUGUAUCACAAACACAUAUUUCCAGCUUACGGAUCAGCACAAGGUGUCUUGGAGACACCCGCACUCUCAUCACUGGCAUCAACUUGACUUAGUCAUUGCUAGGCGUACUGGUCUCAAAAAUGUGCUACUGAUACGAAGUUAUCAUAGUGCUGAUUGCAACACAGACCGCGCCCUAGUGGCGUGCACAUUGAGGCUCACUCCUAAGAAAUGUCACCACGCUAAACCGAGAGGUCAUCCCCGUACCAACACAGAUCAUGUUCAUGACACACAAAGAAAGCAGGAUUUUACCAGUAAUUUUGAAAGUGCUUUCCCAGGAAACGUGCAAGCAGAAAGGAAUGUUGAUAAGAAAUGGGUAAAACUCUCGGGUGCAAUCUACAACUCAGCAGUAUUGGCCUAUGGAAUAAAAGGAAAAAGAAAAAUGGACUGGUACGAGCAAAAUUUGGAAGAAAUGGAACCAGUCACUCAGGCUAAACGGAAAGCCCUGCUUGCUUACAAAAGAAACCCAAAUGAAAGAACUCGAGAUGACCUACGAAAAGCAAAGAACAGGGCACAGCAAACAUCCAGGAGAUGCGCAAAUAACUACUGGCUGAAUUUUUGUGCAGGUAUACAGAAAGCGGCCGACUCUGGGAAUGCUAAGGCAAUGUACGAUGGUAUUAAGAAAGCAAUUGGACCAACUGUCAGAAAAACAGCUCCUCUGAAGCCCAAGACAGGUUAA